AUGUUUGGGCGUCAGCAACUUCAGAUUAAGAGAACUGGUGUUACCACAACAGUUCCAAAUAAUGAUGUAGCCAGGUGCAUGUAUUACUUGAAAUGCGUUUGCACUACGGUUGAAUGUGAUGAUGCUAAUAUUUUAAGAUUCACUAAUUAUAAUAAUUAUUGGGCAUUGUCAGACGAUGAAGAUGAGAUCGUAUUCAAGCUUUGUUUAGCUCUCAGUCCGGAUGUACUUGAUGAUAAGGUUUUCUUUCACAGCGAUGCGCUAUGUGGAGAUUCAAACAAUGAAUUUUAUGAAUUCAGUCAAGUCCGUCAUGUAAUUACGGCUGUUCGAUCAAUUGUAAUUGCUGGACGAACACGGCAAGUAAACAAAAUUAUGACUUACACAUUGUCUUGGCUGCAAAAUAAUUAUUUGGGUCCAAUGAGACGCUUGGCAGAUCGAUUCAAUCCCGAACGGAGAUUGAUUCGUGCAAUGGCUGAAGCUGAUUGUAUCAUUUCAUAA